GGCCCCGCCGCGGCCGCACACAAUCUCCAGCGCGUACGUGCGGGGCGGUGUGCUGCAGCGGACGUCGCUGGGCCCGCUCACGUUCGUGGCGCCCCAGCGCGGCGUCUCGCCGUCUCCGCCGCCACCGCCGCCGCCGCCGGCCGGCCGGCCACCCGUGCCCGUAAAGGGCCGCUCCAGGCAGAAACGCAAGGUGCUCAGCCACUACGCCUGCCCGACGGACGCCGCGCUGCCCGACUUCAACCAAGCGGCGCCGCACAUGGUCGUGCCUCAGCCCGUGUACGCCAACAUGGCCGAGCUGCGUCAGAUGGCAGCACUGAAGGAGGAGGCCGCCGGCCCGCAGCCCGACGACGCGCCCAGCAACGCCCUGCCCACGCUGGACCGCUGGGAGAGCGACGGAUCCGGCUCCAGCGGCUACGGCAGCGUGCACGGUCCGGCGCACGCCCAGUCGGCAGACGCUUUGCCGCCGCCGCCCGAUUUUGUGUUAUACAACUUUUGUGAAGAGCCCGCCGCCAGCCAGGAGAGCAGGCGGCCCAUGUCGAUAGCAGUGCCUGCAGACGCAUCGGCGCCGCGCCACGGCGGCUUACGGCGCAGUCAGUCCCAGCUCAGCCGGCCGCCGCCGCCGCCGCCGGUACGGCGCGAGUCAGCAGUGGACGCGGCCGAGCCGCGCUCGGGCGCCGUCUCCGAGGCAGUGCGCUCGCUGACCGAGACCAACAGCCGACACGGUGACCGUUGGAUGUGGCGAGCGGUGACGGUGGCCGGCGAGGCGACAGACAAUGACAGCGGCUCCGGGUGCGGGGAUCGUUAG